AUGACUCUUGAUCACCAGAUCAGCAAUCAGACUCUCAAGCGGCCACACCCUCCAGUGUCAAGCGGUGCUCUGCUGGUGCAGCAUGGAUACCCAACUCCAGAUUUUGAUGCAGGCUUCACAGGAAACCCCAUCACCAAGCUGCUAACUUUUGGGAAAGAAGAUGACAAUGCAGAAUGGCAUUUAUCUGAAAGAAUUUUGGAUGUAUACAGCGAAGAGCAGGGACCUUCACCAGUUAAUAUGGGCCUUACAAGUGCUUCCUGUCCAAGCAGUCUACCAAUGAAAAGAGAAAUUACAGAAACUGACACAAAAACAUUGGCAAAAGAGAGACAAAAAAAGGAUAAUCACAACCUCAUUGAAAGAAGAAGAAGGUAUAAUAUUAAUUACCGAAUCAAGGAACUUGGCACUCUUAUUCCAAAGUCUAAUGAUCCUGAUAUGCGCUGGAACAAAGGCACCAUUCUGAAAGCAUCAGUGGAGUACAUCAAGUGGCUACAAAAAGAACAGCAGAGAGCCCGAGAGUUAGAGCGCAGACAGAAGAAGUUAGAACAGGCAAACCGGCGACUUCUACUCCGGAUUCAGGAACUAGAAAUCCAGGCUCGUGCUCACGGUCUGCCAACCCUGGCUUCACUCGGUGUGGUUGACUUAGGUGCUCCCGUCAUCAAACAGCAGACUCAUCUUGAGCAGCAUUCAGCAGACUAUUGCCAGCAACUGACUCUAUCUCAAGAGCCAAGUCCUGAGCUUUCUGAUCAAGCUAUGGCCUUCUCUGAUCCUUUGUCACACUUCACAGACUUAUCAUUUAGUGCUGCUUUGAAAGAGGAGCAAAGAUUAGAUGAUAUGCUACUGGAUGGCAAAUUAUCUCCAUUUGGAGCAGAUCCUCUGCUAUCUGUCACUUCUCCUGCAAUUUCCAAAGAGAGCAGUAGAAGAAGUAGCUUUAGCUCAGAUGAUGGUGAUGAAUUAUAAGAAAUAAACAGGCCUAAUGC